UUUCCAGCAGAACGCGAUCGUUUUCCAUUUCUGCCCCCACCCUUUCUUCUUCCCGUGGGCCGGAGCUGGACUCUGCAUCAUUCCAUUUCGCUACCCCACCGAUUCCGCGAUGGCCAAGGAGCUCCGCCCCAUCGACAACGAGCACCAGCGCCGAGAAAGCUUCUGGAAUCACCGCGCCACCCUAUUUGGCAUGGCUAACGAACUCUACGAGGAAUUCGGCGCCCAUGUCGCCGUCAUCGCCUUCUCCCCCGCCGGCGAACCCCAUGCCUUCGGCGCGCCGACCGUGGACUCCGUCCUCCGCACCUACUUCCCCGCCGCCGACGGGCCGCCUCCCAACCCCACUACCCAUGCCCCUUCCCCUGGCGCCGCCGCCGGCGUCGGCGCCGAGACGGCGGGGGAGGCCGCGGCCCGUGUGGCCGGGAUGAGGCGGGAGGUGGACGAGACCAAGGUUCUGGUCACGGAGGAGUGGGCGCGGGUGGCUGCCGCCACGGAGAAGGUCAGGGCGGCGCAAGGGGCCGCGCAGAAGCAGAACUGGGGGGAGGUGGACGUGGAGGUCCUCGGGGAGGAGGAGCUGCCGGUGUUCAUGAGGGCGCUCGAGAUGCUCAAGGCCGAGGUUCAGGAACGCAUCGACGCGAUGGCAUCGGCCCAGAUGUCGCUGCCGAGGGAGAGGAAGCAGCAGUAGACAGUAGUGGUCGCAUCUAUCAGCCUUAUUUCGUCGCAUAUGAGAUCCUGAACGCGGUGCCUAUCUUGGUUUCCCAGUUGCUUUUACUGCCAUUCAGAUUGCAAGAAUUCUAGUUUGGUGAAUUUUUCUGCUACCUUUACUUACUGCAGUUUUUCUUAUUUUCUGUGCAUAAACACAAAUGUGUAUGAAUACGAUAUGAUCAGGAAUGCUGUGCUUGAGCAAAUUAUUACUUUAUCUGCUAUGCUGAUUUAUUCUGCUGGGGGCAAACUGAAAUCGUUUGAUUCUCAUGUUGUUGAUCAACUUAACUCAGAAAGCCAUUCUGGGAACUUUGUUUCUGAGUUAUAGCUUCCCCCAUUUUGUGGUUUGGUUGUAGUUAUAUUGGUCUGUCAACAUCUUCUAUACUACAUUAGUACAUUAUACUAGUGUAUAUGUCCCACUGUAAGAACAAGUUCUAGUAGUAGUGCCAAAGAUAUAAUCAGCCCACAUACAAAUGUAGAAACUUGAGUUUCCUCUGUGUCCACUUCAAAAAACAGAUAGGUUUUAAUACUAAUAACUCGAAAUGACACUAUCAUGUUACGUUUUACUAAUAACAAAAAUUGGUUCCAGCUUCUGCCAUCAAAAGGGUCGUGUAUUGCUUUUAUUAUUUAUUUUGUAGGGUCAUAAUUGCUAGACGAAUAUUAUAAGGCGAGUUAUGUUGUAAUCCUGCCACUUCAUGGGUUUCAAAGUGGUUGGUAACAGUUCUGUGUUGUUCCAUGUAGUGUUGGUGUAUGUGUUAGAUGCCACCACGGUUGAUGUGCUUAUUGUGGCUUUGAUAUAUGACAACUGUUAAUGUUUCCACUAUCCAAACCGCUCCGACAACUUUGUUAAUCAACUAAUGCUAUUGGUUACCUCGCCUAUAAGGAAUGCUUGCUUGUACUUUUUGUAUCGCUGUUCUCUCUAUCAACAGGUCACCCUGCAACCUUGCUACUUUAAAUAAUGCUGCCAAAAUUAGCAGUUUUAAUUACUCGAAUACGACCAAUAGUAGUUUGAUAUGUCGGCUACAUCGUGACAUGGCCACUUUAGCUGACGCCACACAUAUCCUAUAUUUUUAUGUCAAUUGAGAGAACCCAAUGCCACCAAAUAAUCCACGUGCGUGCACCAAAAUAUAUCCAGAUCGCAGGGAUUCUAGUUUGAUAAAUUUUGCUGCUGCAUUUAUUUACUGCAAUAUUGUCUUUUGUGGUCCUUGUGGAUAAACACAAAUGCAUCUGAAUAUGAUAUGAUGAGGAACGCUGUUCUGAACAAAUUGUUGCUUGGCAUUAUUUUUUUAUCAGUCAACCUGAUUUAUUCUGCUGGCAGCAAACUGUCAUGCUGUUGACCUACAGUCUACAGAAGUAAGAAAGCCAUUGUGGGUACUUUGUUUGAGUUAAAAUUUUUCCAUUUUGUGAUUUUUACAGUACUUAUAUUGUUCCAUUAUCAUGUUCAGUACUAUUAUUAGUUAUUACUAGUGUAACUCCCAUUACAUGGAAGUGCUUAGUUGUGCCAAAGAUUUAACUAAUCCACAUAAAAGUGAAGAUAACAUGAAUCAUCACCAACUCACUGCCGAUGACAUUUUAAAUUCCUAUUCUGCAUGGAAUAUUUCUGACAGAACUUUUAUUUUGUUGAUGUGCAUCAUUUCUCAACGACUUUUGUGAUUGUGCAGUUUUUGUUUUAAGAUAAGAAAAAUGGAACGCGUACCAAGUAAUCCUGAAAUCGAUAUCAUAUAUUGGCAUUUUCACUGAUGAUCUUGUAGGUUAUAUAUUUUGGAUUGAACUGUGUGAAAACAUACUUUUGCAAAGCAGCAAUGCCCUGAUUACAAAAUUAAUGCACACCAGAUUAUAUUACCUCUUGUUUUUUCUGCAGUUCAUGAUCCAUCAUCUGUCUGCAUGUUUCAUGAAUACUACUUAUACAGUGGAAUGUCUGUUACUAUGCUAGGUCUGAAUUAAUGCAACAAAAUGCCCUUCUCUUAUCCUUUUUAUGCUAUUAUUAUGCCUGGAACUAGAUACCUGAAAAUUAUGUAUACUUACCUGAAUGCAUGUAACGAAGCUCAGGGUACACUGAUUUAUUCUGACAUUUUUGACCUGGCAUUCAGUGUCUCAACUUAUUUUUAGAGAAUCAUCAGAUGUUUUUUCUAAGUUUGCUAAAAGCAACUACACUAUAUAUGGUCCGUCCCAUGUAGAAGAAAAAACUGUCAAAAAAAUAAAAUAAUUCGAGGCUCCAUUAUAUCUGUUCUUGUGCUGAGUUCUGAGGUGCUCCAAUUGUUUGCAGAGAUUUUGACAUGUAGCACCAAGAGCGGUUCAAUGGUGGAAGAGAUGACCUAUUGGAGGAAUAAAAAAUUGAUCAGUGCUUAUUUAGGCCUAGUGUGCAUCUUGCUAUGUUACCAGUGUCAAGCGAGUGACUCAAGUUUGCUAUUACUGACUCUCGGUGCUUGUUGCCUGCUCUCAUUUAGACAUGUGACUGUCAAAAAAUAUUAUUAACUUGAACCUCUCUAUCUCUGUUUUUUUUUGAACAAUUCGGGGUUGGAUUA